AUGCGGACGCGGGCCUUGCUGUGUGGGCACGCUUGGCAUUGUUCAGUGCGAUGGCGGGGAUGGAUCGCUUGCAGAUGGAGCUCUGGCUCUCGUUCUGCGAACGAACCCAAUGCCUCCCUGAUGUCGCCGUGUACCUUCCUGGACACUCGGUGUGGGCACAGCGAACAGCACCCUUCGUUUACGCCAUCCGUGUGUGACGUGAACGAUUUGAUGGUGCUGAGCCCGGCGGAGCAGCGGCAAGCAAGCCAACGCUUCUGGAACUUCUUGAUCACUGAUGAGAUAAGCCGUGAGAACUUUUCACAGCGGAACAUCCCACUCUUUAUGUUGCAGCCUGAGAUGGCCGAAGGUUAUCACGAGCACCUCAUGGCAGCAACUGAAGACACCUUUGCUAGCGAUCAGAAUGUGCAGCAUUUGCAAGUGCUGGUGCCCUUUUUGUCCGGAAUGCCGCUGGACGAUCGGGAGUCAAGAGAAGCGUUCGAGGAGCUGUCAUCUUUGGCCUUUUCCUUCCUCGAGUCUCACUACGCCGAGCCCUUGGCAUCCUACCGUCGCGCCCGCCAGCUGGCAGACCUGCGCUCGCCCGAGCGGUGGUUCGACCGCGGGGGGUCGCGCCGGUGGCAUUUGCACUUGGGAGUCACGAACAGUGGCAAGACUCAUCAUGCACUGCAGGAGUUGUUCGCCGCCCCAUCUGGGCUGUAUAUGGCUCCGUUGCGGCUGUUGGCUUGGGAGAUCUUCCAGAAGCUGCGCGCAGCGGGUGUGCGCUGUGCUUUGCUCACAGGGCAGGAGCGUUUGGGGCCCGACGAUGCCACUCAUGUGGCUUGCACCGUUGAGAUGGCGCCACUGACGAGACACUGGCAGGUGGCGGUUUUGGAUGAAGUUCAACUGGUCACCGAUGCCAAUCGUGGCUUCGCUUGGACCAGGGCCCUGUUGGGGGUCAACGCACGGCAGCUGCACCUCUGUGGUGCUCAUGAGCCCGCCACGCUUGAGAAUCUUUUGCAUGAUUUGGCAGCGUCUUGUGGUGACACCGUUCGCACGGUGGAACAUUUCAAGCAGCGGCUGGUACCGCUGCAGUUGCAAGAUGACCCCGUCGCGGACUUCUCAGCACUACAGGACGGUGACUGCCUGGUCUGCUUCACAAGGGCCGAGGUUCUGAAUGCCAAAGCUCAGCUCGAAGCAUUGGGCAAGCGGCCCUGUGUGGUCUACGGCUCGCUGCCACCGGAAGUGCGGCAAGAGCAGGCGUUACUGUUCAACGACCCCAACAGCGGUUACGACGUCCUGGUGGCCUCGGACGCCAUUGCCUUGGGAUUAAACCUGCAGAUUCGUCGGAUGUUGUUUCGCUCCACCUGGAAGUUCGACGGCUCGGAAUACCGGCAGCUCAGUGGCCCCGAGCUACGGCAGUUGGCCGGGCGAGCAGGGCGCUUUGGGCAGGGCUAUGGUCACGGCCUGGUGGCCUGCUGCAGAGGUGAUGACCUGGCAAUUCUCCGGGAAGCUCUUGAGGCGAAGCCACAAGGCGAUGAGAUGGCAAGGGCGGCGUUGCUGCCCUUACCGGAACAGCUGGAGCUCUUCGGACAGUGUUUGGAAGAAGACCUCCAACGAGGACCUCUUCCCUUCGCCUUGCUGGUGGAGCGCUUCCUAUCAAUUGCCGAUGUUUCGCCACGCUAUUUCUUGGCGCAAGCCAAGAGUUUGAUUGCCCUAGCGCACUUCUUGGAGGAGGUGAGCAUGCCUCAUCGGGAGAAGUUUGUCUUUUGCCAAGCGCCCGUCACGCUCAGCGACGUGGCGCCCUUGAGCGCGCUUCAGCACUUUGCGUGCGCCUAUGCGCUGCGGAAGACGGUGCCCUUCCCCUACGCCGUGGGCGACACGGAAGCCGUCACCACACGUCAGAUCUUAGAGCUGGAGGCUUUGCACAAAGUGUGUGAUGCCUACCUUUGGUUGGCCAGCCGCUUUCCGGACGCCUUUGUAGACGUGAAGCUGGCGGACCAGGCACGGGCCAUGGUCGCCCAGCGUAUUGGCCAAGCACUCCGGCGACCCCUGGGAGAGGAUAGUACCUUUGGAGAGGCGGAGAUGUGGAGACACGGGGGCGAAAGACUCCUGGAGUGA